AGCUUAAUAAUAUUUUUAAACAAUGAAAGAAGCAGCAAAACAUUAAAAUCUAAAGACCUCAAAUAUGCUAAGAUGAUGCAAUGUCGAAAAAAUUACUUGCUGAUUCCAAUCAUGAUAGAUUUGCUGAUUACUUUGUUAUUUGUGGAUUAAAUGAGCAAGAGGGUUUAGAACCUCAUCAAUGUUCUGAUUCUGAAGAUAGCUUGCUAACGCCAUUCCAACUGUCUUAUAAGCCUAGCAUUUUAUGGCAUUUUCCUGAAAAUGAUCAAACAAACUUGUUUGAACCAGAUGGCAUCAAAGUGCUGUGCAUGCCACGUGGAGUUUACUUUCGUAAAAGUGUUCGUAGAACAGCAACUAAAUUUCAUUCUUUUUUGCAAACAAGAGAAAAUGGUACAAAGAUUUAUGGAUUUGUGUUAACAUUCUUUGAGAAAGUUAUUAAUGAAAAUAUUAUCAUCGCUAUGGAUACACUAUUUAAAAUGUUUGAUACGGAGUUGGCAUUAGUUUCAAAAACAGAUCAACCAUUUUAUAUGAACAGACCUUUUAACAAAAGGUUAAGUAGUUCUUUUAAUUCUUUUAAAAAAGAUGAUGAGCAGCUUUUUGUCUCAAAAUCAAUUUGUAUUAUAAUGAAAAAGCCAUUUGUCAGACUUGCACGUCACUGCCUUGAAAAUAUACUACAAGUUGGUCUUUAUGAAGAAAAAAGUUCUUUAUGCGUAGAAAGUUACAUUUAUAAUGUUUUAUAUGAGAUUCCUGCUUUACCUCCUGGUAAAACAAUGCGCUAUACUUCAUUAAAUGGUGAUCCAAUAAUUGUUCGGAAUCCUCAUUUAAACGAACUACCAUAUUUUGACUAUUCAAUGAAAGAAGUAUUAAUUACAUUAGGGUUGGAAAAUCUAGUUGAUUUGUUUACUUGUAUGUUGUUAGAGCAUCAGAUUCUGCUACUUUCAAGUGACAGCCACAAACUUAUGUUAAUAGCUGAAAGUUUGACAACUCUAUUUUUUCCAUUGCUAUGGCAACAUGUUUAUGUACCAGUGUUGCCUCCAUUUUUGUUGCAUUAUCUUGAUGCACCAGUUCCUUUUAUAAUGGGUUUGUGCUAUGAAACGGAAGAUGAAAAAGAUAGACUUGAUUUGCCACAAGAAGGUUCUCUUUGUCUUCUUGAUAUUGACAAUAACUCAAUACACCUUCCCCAAGAAAUUCCAGAGUUACCUGUUAGAAAUGAACUUAUUGCUGAGUUGGAAUCAAUAACAAACUUGUAUAAUAUAGAGUUACGAAAAGGUUGUCUUUUGCUAAAAAACAAUUUAUCUAAUAAUGGAAAUCCUGAAAAUGAUAUGUGUGAUGAACCUAAUAAUUCUGAUAUUUCAAUGAACAAAUCUGUAGAAUAUUAUUCAAACCAAAACAGUGAUUAUUAUAAAAUCUACUCAAAGUUGUCAAUAAGCAGAACUUCUUCUUUAGUUAUUGGAAAACCAAAAUCACACCCAAAUGUGAAAUUUAUGAGUGGUAACUGGUCUGGAGAUAUUAUUCCUACCCAGCAUGAAGAAAGUAAAACAAGUUCUUUAUUAAGUAAAGAGUCUCCUGAAUCUAAAAAGCCUGUGAAUCCACGUGUAGCAGCCAUGAUGGCUGUUAUUGAACGAGUAGGUCUAGAAACUUCAAAUGUUAUAAUUAGUGAAAACGCAUCAAUCACAGACCCCUUAUCAAACAAAGAUGGUGAACAUGUAUGGGGUUCACGUUCAAUAACAUGCAUGAGAACACAGCAGCAUGAAGAUGAAAUCAAUAUAAUUGUUCGUGAGAUUUUUGUGAAUUGCUUUACUCAUAUUCUUGUUGAUUAUGAACAUUUUGUUAUUCUUCCACAGCAAACCAAAGAGGAAUGGUUAGUGGAUCGUGAUCAAAUGCAAAAUUUUGAUAAAGCUGCAUUUUUAUCUGACCAAUCUCAAGCACAUUUACCAUUUAUGACUUUGUUUGUGGAAACACAAGGUUUUGCUAGUUUAAUUGAUAUGAAGAUUAUGGCUCUUUGGGAAGACUGUGAUCCUCGUCUUGCUUAUUUUGAUAAAAGAAUAGACAAGCUAAAAGUUAAACUUGGUUUAAUAAGAAGUCCAACAUAUGAGAAAUGUACAACGAUAUCAAGUGCAAUUGAAGCAUACAUUAAAAGUUGUAGUCAAAUUGACCAUAAUGCAGUUCAGCCACAUCCUUUAAUGGCACCAUUGCAAAGAGAUAAAAAACUUGGAUACUUUCCUCUACCAGAUAAGAAUUGCAUUUUAGAAUCUAAAAAAAAAUCUAAAAAAGUGAACUGGAAGAAACAGGAAAAAUCUCAACUUCAAAAAGAACAUAUUGCUUUAAAUGAAUCAUUAAAGACUAAUCUAGAUGGUCACAAAAUCAAGCAAAAGUUAGCAGAACGAGUCAAGAAGUACAUGCAGGAAAGCAAGUCUAAUGAAGACACACAUGAAACAGGAGCUACACAACGAACUUUAAAUGUAUAUGCCGAAAAGUUGCUAAAAGAGUGCAAGAUGAAGACUAAAAGACUUGUUGUUCUUAAACUUGGUCAAGAAGCUAUUGAGCUUGGACAUGUUGGCCCUAACUCAAUUGGCAUUGAAGAGAACACUCUCAUAGCUAGUUUGUGUGAUUUACUUGAAAGAGUUUGGUGUCAUGGUGUGCAGUUGAAUCAGUUGGACUUCGAUAAAGAAUCAGUCAAAUCUAAGUUUGUCCAAAGAAUGAGACAGUCAAAAUCUGCAUUAUGGUCUCAUUUACUGGCAUUUUAUCAAAAGGAGUGUUCAAAAUUGGCUGCUAUAUAUGGGAUUGCAAAUGUUGAAUGUGUACCAGGAGAGAUGAAGAAUCUUGUUAAUGAAGCAAAUCAAAAAUCAUUUCGUAGUAAAUCUCCAGCCAAUGAAGAUGGAACAUACUUUGAUCAACUAACAAUAAAAGAAGCAAAAUUUGAAGGAGUCAAUAAAUCUCCAACGACAUCUCUUUUUCAGUCCAGAGAACAUCAAGAUUUGUUAACAAAAGUUCAUUUUCUAAAUAAUCUCAAAACAAUAAUAGAUAUGAAGGAAAUAAAGACAGAUACAGGUUAUGCUCGUGCUUGGACAAGAUUAGCUUUAGAGAAAAAAACAUUGGCAGAAGAAUUACGAAUUUUGCUUGAUCAGAAAAAGAUUUUGGAAGCAAGAUACAAAAAUUAUGCUUUUAUAAGAACUGAAGAUGAAAUGGAGCAAUUUCUGAUCCAUCUUCUUUCAUUAAAUGCAGUAGACUUUUACUGUUUUACCAAUGGAUUUUCAAAUACAGUGAUGAUUUACAAGUUUCAUGUAGUUCUUGGAAAGCACAUAGGAUUUGCAACAACUGCUAACUGUUGGUUAAAUCUUACUGGAAGCUUUGGAAACACUGGCACAAUAAAUAUUCCAAAGGGUGAAAUAGAGUUUCGGUUUAAACAUAAAAAUCUUGGUAUUUUAACAGCUCUACGUAUUGGUCAUGACAACAUGGGUAUUUCACCAGGGUGGUUUGUUGAAUAUGUAAUUGUUUCAAAUGAAGUUACUGGGCAUAUGUACAGGUUUCAAUGUGGUAGAUGGUUGUCAAAAAAUGAAGAUGAUGGUAGCACAGAAAGACUUUUGAUUGCAUCCAUGCAAAAUCACUUUAGUGAAAGAAAACCCACUCAAAAACAUAAUUCUUCUUUUGGUCGUACUUCUCCAACAAAUGCUUCCUCUGUCAGGAAUUGCUCUCCAAAUCAAAAGUUGACAGCGUCAGAUAUACAAGAGAAAAUGGCAGAUGCUGUUAAUAAUAUUGUCAAAUAUUUUUAUAAAGAUAGCGAGGAAAAUAUGACAUUUUUAAUGUGUGGUGAAGGUGGAUUUUGUGAAGCAAUGAAGCUAGUGUUUUUACAUGGCUAUAAAUCAACAAGACUGUUUGCAAAGAAACUUUUUGUUUGGGAUUACAUCAAAAAAGUGUUUGAUGAUUACGUAUACGCUGAUGAUUCUAAUAUUUCAGCGAACGCUCUUCAACUUCGCAGUUCUUUUUGCACAAUAAUUCAAACUAUUGAUACUGCACAACUUGCUAUUGGAAAGGAACAGAAAUUUGAACUGUUUAUAUGUUUAGGUUUGAGGGAUCGUCAUUUGCAAAGUUGGCUUCGCUUAUUAAACCAAUCUUCUGUUACGUUACAAAUGUAUGAACCUUGGUCAUUUUUUCUCGAUACUAAUCGUUUCAGCUUUCUUGUUGGAGUAUUAGAUUCGUUAACGGAAUUCGAAAUAGUGCUAGACCAAUCAGUUACAAGGGGCGUUUAACGUAUAAAUGCAUUUAAAAAUAUAGCGUUUAAAAAGUGAUUUUUUGCUCAAUUGCCUUUUAAGCAGAUUUUGUGAAAAAAAUAAUUGACUAUAUAUUGGUACCUAAUGUUUCACAAAACCGAAAAUAUUCAACGCAAUAUGGCGAUAGAAUUUUGAUAGUAAACGCAAACUUUAUAUUGCUUUUGACAUGAAAAAGUUAAAUUUUGUGAAGCAAUAUUUUUUCCAUAAAUCAUUAACGCGUUUAUUUUUAUUACUAUAAGUUUUUUCUAACAGUUUUUUUUUAAUCAGGUUUUUUUGUUCAGAUUCUAUUUUUUAAAUGUCCUGCAUUUUUGUUUUACGAAUUUUGUUGGGUGCAAUUAAAUUAUUUUCUACUUUUUUCCUCGGUUGUAGAUUUUGUACAAAAAAUGUAAAUAUUUGUUAAAUGUUUUUUGUGUUUUCUUGAUGGUCAUUUUAUUUGGUAAUACAAAAUUCUUAUAGUGAAUAAAAACUUAAACGUUUUAACGUAA